CUUGAAAACAUAGGAAUGUGAGUCUUUCUUUUGUUUAGGCUCCAGUCCAGCACAGGCACGCUUGUAGCCCUCGCUUGAAUGCUAAUGCCGCACUUUGAUUUGGAACUUUGAACGCAGUCACAGUUUCCGUUGCAGCGUCGAGUUUCGAGGCCAGUCACCCGGAAGUGACGUAGUUCACGCCCCUCCGAGACUUUUGUUGACAGAUACGCGCGAAGAUGUUCCUGACUUUGGCGUGCGCGCUCCUGCUUGCGCUUCUUGUCUUCGGCCGCCGUCGGAAAAGACGCCCCGGCGAACCCCCGCUGAUCAAUGGCUGGAUUCCGUUUGUGGGGAAAGCGCUGGAGUUCAGGAAAGACGCUCGAAAGUUCCUGGAGGAGCAGCAGAGGAACUUUGGAGAUGUUUUCACUGUUCUCAUCGCAGGUCGCUACAUGACCUUCGUCAUGAAUCCCCUGAUAUAUCCCAGCGUCAUCAAACAUGGCCGGCAGCUGGACUUCCACGAGUUCACCAAAAAGGCGGCGCCGGCGGCCUUCGGAUACCCGCCGUUGAUAGAGAGCCGCUUCCCGGGCCUGGCCGAGCAGAUCCAUCGCUCCUUCCGUCUCCUCCACGGCGAGAACCUGGCGCCGCUGACGCAAAGCAUGAUGGCCAACCUCCUGACGCUCUUCCGUCAGGACCACCUGGACCCGGACGGCGCCUGGAGAACAUGCGGUCUGUACGACUUCUGCAUGCGCGUUAUGUUCGAGGCCACCCUCGCCACCGUGUACGGCCGGCCGGUGGAGGGCCGGAGAGGCGCCGAUGCGGCAGCGCUGAGGGCCGACUUCGAGCGCUUCGACGACGUCUUCCCGCUGCUGAUCGCCGGCGUUCCCGCCUGGCUACUGGGCAGCGUGCGGCGCGUGCGUGAGCAGCUGAUCCAGUACUUUUUGCCGCAAGGGUUGUCCCGCCGGGCGGACAUCUCCAACUUUGUCCGGCGCCGUGCCUGGCUCUUGGAGCAGCACCCGCGAAUGAGCGACGUCAACAAAGCAGCGCACCACUUCGCAAUGUUGUGGGCGUCAGUGGCUAACACGGCGCCGGCCACCUUCUGGGUGGCGUACCACCUCCUGCGGCAGCCGGAGGCGUUGGACGCCGUUCGACGGGAAAUCCUCCAGGUCCUGGAGCUCGACGAACACGAGGACUUGCGCGCCGACGCUGACGUGGAGCUCGACACGGAUCGGCUGGACCGAAUGAUUCUACUAGAGAGCGCCAUUCACGAGACUCUGCGUCUGUCGUCGGCAUCCAUCAAUAUACGGGUGGCUCAAGAGGACUUUAGUCUGCGUGUGGACUCCUCGCGCAGCGUUGCGUUGAGACGCGGUGACAUCCUGGCGUUGUACCCGCAGAGCAUGCACAUGGACGCCGAUAUCUACGACGACCCGGAGACAUUUCGCUUCGACCGCUUUGCACACCAGACAGAGUUCUUCAAGGAUGGCCAAAAGCUUCACCACUACUUGAUGCCGUUCGGUUCCGGGGCAUCCAUCUGUCCCGGGCGCUUUUUCGCCGUCAACGAGAUCAAACAGUUCGUCUGUCUGCUACUGCUCUACUUUGACCUGGGCCUAGAAGAGGGGCAGACCCAUGCCAGACUCGACGCCAGUCGCGCCGGCCUGGGCAUCCUGCGGCCCGACCGCGAUGUGCUAUUCCGCUACCGCCUGCGUGGCGCUGCCCGUUAAGCGUCUUCAGUUAGUGACAGCAAAAUACAAUAUCAGGCUUCAAGUGGCAAAAUGUCUUGUUUACAAUUAAGGAUGUGACUGUAUCACUGGUAGAUAUCAAUCCAAUCCAUUUAAAAUGGAUUGGAUGUCUAGUGACUUCAAUGGCAGCAGAAAUAACAAUAAAGUUUUU